AUGACUAAUCUCUUAUCUUUAUCAAAGCGGCCGACAGGGAAAAGAAGUCGAAAAGAAGCAAGAAAGACGAACAAACGAGCAAAGAUGGCGCGUGGGAGCAGGAUAAUCGCAGAUGGUGGUGCGGAUGGAGGGGCUGCAGCUGUUGAGACUGAUGCUACACCCCAGGAAGAUUCACAGGCUUACAACUCGGAGGAAGACUCGGACUUCGACGAGCAAGCAGCAGCUCAAGACGCGGCGGAGAGCGCAUCAGAAGCUGAAGGAGAAGGGGGAGAUGUGGACAGCGAGAGACCAAGGAAAAAGAGGCGACUCUCUGGUGAAGGUAAUGAGGCAGAUGCGGACAGUGACGAGGAGUUCGCGGAACCUGAGCUGGAGUCCGGAGACGAAGCUAUGAUACAACAUGCGAAGGAGAAGAAGGAAAAGAGACGGGCCCAGAAAACUGGCAGUGGAGCUGCAAACGGUGCAGCAGGCAGUGAAAGUGAUGACUUUGACACAGAUGACGAUGAUGAGGGUGGCGAGGGAGGAUUUGUUCGCACUCGAAGGAUGCGCAUGAGGGUGUAUGUGUCCCGUGUUUUCUAUCUAUAA